AUGAGGGACAUUACAGUGAAGGUGAAUUGCUACCAUUCAGGCAAAUUCAAAACCGUGGAUGGAAAGCUUAUUUAUGCAGAUGGAAAAGUCGAGGUAUUAGAAGUAGAUGGAGUUACAAUCUUUGAAGGCGUGGUGUUUCAAAUGGUGCACCAAACAGAGUUGAGGAAUAUGUGGUGUAAGUUACCUUAUGAAGACCUAGAAGAUAGGAAGUCUUUAUCGGAUAAUAUUGAUCAAGGUAAGAAGAAAUUGGCAACUGGGGGCUGUUGGAUGAGAGAAAUAGAUUUCUACAUUGAAAAUAUAGGUGAAGAUGAGAGAAUCAAUGAAGAUGAAGUGAAUGUGGAGCAGGAAAAUGUAGUGCUCGAAGAAGAAGAGAGAAUGAUUGGCCAAGGAGCUAACGAGGAGGAGAGAAUCAUUGAGAAAAGAGAGCAUGAGAACGAAGCGAAUACUGUUAAUGAAGAAGCAGGAGAGCAUGGGUUCGAAGAAGAUGGAGAUGAUGCAGAUUAUGAGGAAAGUGGUAAUGUGUCAGAAAGUGAAGAUGAUAGUUGGUCCGACUUGAGAGCCUUAGAUGAUGAAAGCGAUGAGAAUGAUGAGGCUGUCGAGGAGGAUAUUGAUGUGAUAAACAACAACUAUGAUGAUGAGAUUCCUGAUGAAGAUGAAGUGUAUCCGAAUACUGAAGCAUCAUCAGAUGAGGAAGAGGAACAAGCUGAAAGGAUGGCUCGAGCAGAGUUAUUAGAUGGUGUACUCAGCUUAAGAGAGACAUUUUCCAGUGGAGAAGAGUUCAAGAAACAAGUGAUCUCUUACAUCUUGAAGACUAGACGAAAUUUGGUGUAUGAUAGAUGGGAGAAAACAAAAAUUGGGGCUCGUUGCAAUGGAAAGGGUUGUCCUUGGCGUAUCUACUGCUCCGUAGAGAAACCACUUAACCAGUGGAUGGUGAAAAUGUAUGAAAACAAGCAUACUUGUCACCCAACUAGUCGGUGCAAGACUAUAAAGGCUCCAGUGAUUGCUGAUUUGAUGUUAGAAGCGAUGAGAAAAAAUCCAGAUAUGAGUGGACCGAUGAUCCAAGAAGAGAUGAGGAACCGCUACAACAUUAUCAUCACUGUUCCACAGUCGCAAAAUGCAAGGAGAAUGACACUUGAUAAGCUUCAAGCUGAGUGUAAUGAGCAAUUUUCAAGGCUGAGAGACUAUGUAGUGGAGCUCAAACGGUCAAACAUUGGUACGAUUACAGAGAUCAACACCACUAGGAAUUUAAACGGAGGUCACGUUUUUAGCAGCUUCUAUGUUUGCUUUGACGCAUUGAGGAUUGCAUGGAAGCAGAAUUGCAGACCCAUAAUUGGGUUGGAUGGAACCUUCCUCAAACAUUCAUUGCAGGGAAUGCUCUUGACAGCUAUAGGAAGAGACCCAAACAACCAGGUUUUCCCAAUAGCAUGGGGUGUGGUAUCUGGUGAAAGAAAUGAUAAUUGGCAGUGGUUUAUUCACAGAUUGAAAGAGGACUUGGCGCUGGGAUUAGGUGAGCAGACUACCAUUAUUUCAGAUAUGUAUAGAGGGUUGAUCCAUGGCGUGGCAGUUGAGCUACCAAGAGCAGAACAUAGAGUUUGUGCAAGGCACGUUUACUCAAACCUCAAGAAGAAUCACAAGUCUUGUGAGGAGCUGUUGAAGAAGGAUCAUCGCACUUGGUGUAGGGCUUUCUUCAGAGCUGGUGCUUGUUGUUCCGACACACAUAACAACUUAACCGAGUCUUUUAAUAGAACCUUGAAGAUUGCAAGGAAGAAGCCCUUUGUGCAGAUGAUGGAGUUGAUUAGAAGAGACACAAUGAAAAGGAUUGCAAUCAGAUUUAAGACUGCUGAUAGGGAGGUUGGGACAUACACACCAAAAGAAAGAAAAGAGAUUGCAAAGGCAUGUGAUGAAGCACAUAACUGUUAUUCAGUGGGUAGUACUGAUGGUGAAUUCGAGAUUGUCCGGGACCUGAAUGGUUAUUCUGUGAAGAUGAAUCUGCAAACUUGUGAUUGUCGAAAGUGGGACUUGACUGGGAUACCUUGUUGUCACGCUGUGUGCGCAAUCAGAGAGAAUGGUAUGGAAGUUGAAGAUUUUAUUGCAGAUUAUUACCUGACAUCUAAGUGGCAAGACGUGUAUAUGCAUGGAUUGCGGCAUAUAAAUGGACCAAAGUUUUGGACAUUUUCUGAUGGGGAUUGA